AUGGGUGCUGGCGCUCCCGACUUUGCAGGUCUCGUUGCUGGGCCAUGCGCUGUGGAAAAGGCCGCCAACGCCAACAGUCCCGACGCAGGGCCUCCACCAGAAGUGCCAGCUGGCUCUGCAGCCACCGAGCCCGCGAUCCCUGACCGGGGCGCAUGCGCCACCUCUCCGCUGCCAGCUUUGGGCGGCAAGGCGAUGGCGGUGGAAAGGGAGCCAUGGGGCCCAUUCGCGGCCAGCACUGAGCCAGCACUCGUCGUGCAACCAGCAGCCGCGCCCUCCCUGUCUGACGGCCGGAGAGCAGCUCCGGCAGCGCCCGCCGUCUCGGUCAUGGACUGGCGCGCAAAAGGCGCGGCAGUCAUCGGCAGCGACGCCCCGCUCAGAGUCCUCGCCUGCCGCUGA